GCCAACUGGGGGGAGGAGAGACGCUCAUUAAAGGCCGCGUGCUGAUUGACGGAAGAUCUCGUGGCGCUGCCUCGGCUCCAACACCAAGACGACGGCGCCGUCCAAGACUGUCAUCCUACAGCAUCAGCUCACGAUUCCCUAUAUCUCUCCGUGGCCUGGAACCACCCCGCAGGGGAUUUGCCCAAUUCAUCCCCCAUGGCUGGCGCUGAAAUCGGAAACAUUAAUAUUAGCCGUCAAGUCGCUUCCGCCACAACAGCUUGGUCCUUCAACUGGUCAUCGUUCAAUCCCAUCUUUCCCUUUUUCUGUUAUUAUUCUUCGAUUUGCCUUUUAUUUUGCACGCUUCCUGCCAAUCACCUGCUCCCCCUGCUUCGACACGUUCUGUCGGCCGCAUCGCAUCAACCAUGACCACCUUCACGCAGCUCAGUGACCAGGAUGCGCCUAGUCUUGCCAUCCACCCAUCCCGACGUAUUUCCAAGAUCAACCCUAACAUCUAUGCGGGGUUCACAGAGCACAUGGGCCGCUGCAUCUAUGGCGGCAUCUACGAUCCGGGUAACCCCUUGUCUGAUGAGAACGGAUUCCGGAAGGAUGUCCUCGAAGCUUUGAGGGAUCUGGACAUCCCUGUCGUCCGUUACCCCGGUGGUAACUUUAUGGCGACCUAUCAUUGGAUCGAUGGAGUUGGACCCAAGGACAAGCGGCCUUCGAGGCCCGAGCUUGCUUGGCUGGGAACGGAGACGAACCAGUUUGGAACCGAUGAGUUCUUGAAAUGGUGUGAGGUCCUUGGGACCGAGCCCUACUUCUGCCUAAACUUCGGAACUGGCACUCUCGAUGAAGCGCUGGCUUGGGUCGAAUACUGCAACGGCACCAGAGACACUUACUAUGCCAACCUCCGCCGUAAGAAUGGUCGCGAGGAGCCGUACAACGUCAAAUACUGGGCCCUCGGAAACGAAACAUGGGGCCCAUGGCAGGUUGAGCAGAUGACCAAGGAAGCGUACGCCCACAAGGCAUUCCAAUGGGCAAAGGCCCUGAAGCUCCUGGACCCCUCCCUAGUCCUGGUCCUGUGUGGACAAGAUGGCACCGCGUCCUGGGACUACUACACUCUGAAGCAGUGUCUGCUUCCCGCCCACUCCCCCCUCUCCACCAGCACCGUCCCCCUCAUCGACAUGCACAGCAUCCACCUGUACACGUCGUCCUCGUCCCACCUUCCCAAUGCCACUGCUCCCUUGGCCGCCGAGCGCGCCAUUGAAAUCACCUCCUCCCUCAUCGAUCUCGCGCGGAUCGAGAACGGUGUGCCGCCCGACCAGCUCCGUCCCACUAUCUGCUUCGACGAAUGGAACGUCUGGGACCCCAUCCGCGCCGAAGGCAGCAAGGGCGCCGAGGAGUCCUACACCCUCUCCGACGCCCUCGCCGUGGCCGUGUACCUGAACGUCUUCGUUCGCAAGAGCAAGGACGUCGGUAUGGCCUGCAUCGCGCAGACCGUUAACGUCAUCUCCCCCCUCAUGACCACCAAGGAUGGCAUCAUCAAGCAGACUACCUGGUGGCCCUUGUACCUCUUCUCGCGGUACAUGCGCGGCUGGACUAUCAGUGCGCACAUCGCCUGCGGUGUCUACGAGGGCGAGACCUCUCCGAAAUGGGUCCGCGGAGUCAAGGACACCCCCUGGUUGGACGUCAGUGCUACGCUGGGCGAGGACGGCUACGUCAACGUGGCCGUGGUCAACAUCCACGAGGAGAAGAACAUCGAGACGAAGCUGGAAGGCCCUGCCGGGGAGGUUGCCGUGUUCACGGUCACCGGCGACAGCGUCGCGGCUUGCAACAUGAACGGAAAGCAGGAGGUCGGUAUCACCGAGAGCACCUGGGACGGCAAGGGUGCGUACGUGUUCCCCAAGCACUCGUUCACCCUGCUCCGAUGGAAGGCGUAGACUGGAUCAGUCUGCCUUGUUUACAAAUGAAUCAUGAAC